AAAAAGAAAAGAGACCCCUGUCCCCUCCUACCCCCCUCCUCACCCACUCCCCAAUUAGUCGUCUAUUGGUGGGGUAAUCCAAUCAGGAGUGACUACAGCUCGCCCUCCGUCGCCCGUCUCAGUCUGAGCAGACUCCUCAAAGACACACACCCUCCACAGACAGAAAGUUUAGCGGGGUGGGAUUCCUGGUGCCAAGAUGACGGAGCGCUAUGACUGCCACUACUGUAAGGAAUCCCUGUUUGGUAAGAAGUACGUCCUGAGAGAGGAGAACCCAUACUGUGUCAAAUGCUACGAGAGCCUGUACUCCAAUACCUGUGAGGACUGCAAGAAACCCAUCGGCUGCAAUACCAGGGACCUGUCCUACAAGGACCGCCACUGGCACGAGGAGUGUUUCCAGUGCUUCCAGUGUAAACGGUCUCUGGUGGACAAGCCCUUCUCCACCAAGGAUGACCAGCUGCUCUGCACUGAGUGCUACUCCAAUGAGUACUCCUCCAAGUGCCACGAGUGCAAGAAGACCAUCAUGCCUGGUGAGAACCAUACACCAGAUCCAUCGAAUCUAUCCCUCCCUCGGUCCCUCCCUCCCUCUCUGCUCUUCUCUCCCACAUGCAGGCUCCAGGAAGUGGAGCAUAAGGGUAACAGCUGGCAUGAGACCUGCUUCACCUGCCAGCGUUGCCAGCAGCCCAUCGGCACCAAGAGCUUCAUCCCCAAGGAGAACCAAAACUUCUGUGUGCCCUGCUACGAGAAGCAGUUUGCCAUGCAGUGUGUGCAUUGCAAGAAACCCAUCACUACUGGUGGGGUGACCUAUCACGACCAGCCCUGGCAUAAGGACUGCUUCCUGUGCACCGGCUGCAAGCAGCAGCUGUCAGGCCAGCGGUUCACCUCCCGUGAUGACUUUGCGUACUGCCUCAACUGUUUCUGCAACCUGUACGCUAAGAAGUGUGCCUCCUGCACCACCCCCAUCAGCGGUCUGGGUGGCAGUAAGUACAUCUCCUUUGAAGAGCGUCAGUGGCACCAUGACUGCUUCAACUGUAGGAAGUGCUCCGUCUCCCUGGUGGGCCGGGGUUUCCUCACCGAGCGUGACGACAUCCUGUGCCCUGAGUGUGGCAAAGACAUCUGAUUGGCAGGCAGCGAGUGGCCGACAAAUCUGAUUGGAUAGUAAUGAAACAACCAGGAAGAAUGUUUUAAAAUAAUAGAUUUACAAAAUCAGCGAGGAACCAUAGCAAUGAGUACCAACAACAACCCGUCAGAGCACAACUGAAUAUAUAUAUAUAUAUAUAUAUAUAUAUAUAUAUAUAUAUAUAUAUAUAUAUAUAUAUAUCAUAAUAGCACAAUAUACUAUUAGGCUACUAACCCAAUAUGCUAUUUGAGUUCUAAGAUAUCUAUUUGACAAUCAUAGGUUUUUGUGUCAUUGGUCUUAGAUUUUUUGGUAUGCAACAGCAAAUAUUGCUUUCUGUAUUCCCUGGCUUGAUAUCCAAUAUCAGUUUGAGGUUUUGCGCAAGAAUGUCUGCUGUCCUAAUCUAUUAUAUGCUGGUAAGAUUCAUAUAUUCAGAGUUUAUGCAUUUAGAAAGGAAAGUCUACCGAAAUUACACAAUUACUGCAGUCUAUGGAAACAAAUAUGUAAUUCUGUAAUUUGGGUGGACUAUCCCUUUACGUUUUGAAAGGUUAUUUUGUGGUGCGUAUGAAGGAGCACCAGUUUCUAAGUAAAUGAGCUCCAAAGUAAAUGUGAACUAACACAAAGGAACAGGUUUACCGGGCUUUUACACUGGUGCAAAGUUUGUAAUGUUAUUCAUGUGGGAAUAAAAAUAAAAGCUACAACUAAAGAAAAAUAUUAAAUGUUAAUAACAGAAGUGUAAAUAAUGACAGUUUGAUAAGCUCAAUUUAUCAUCCCAAAUAAAUGGCAAGUAUACAUUUGAGGCUGGUGCAAAUGCCUGGUAACUCUAUGUGCCUAUAAACGUAAGAGCCAACACAGCACUGUCUGUAUAAGUCAUUUUCCAAGGGCGCCGAUGAAGUCUGUGUUUGAAAUCCAAAUAAAGAACUACAAAAGACC